AUGGCCAAACCCUUCUCUGGUUCGCUCUAUCAUCUUCUUCGCCUCCACGUCCUCUCCCUCUCUCUCCCUCUCUCUCUCCCCUAAAAAUUCUGCUUAGGGUUCGUCUUAUUUGGUCAUAGAGCCCUAAAAUCUAGGGCAAAAUCGCAGCAAGGAGGCGCCUUUCUCCCCUACGUUUGCUAUUGGAUCUCACUCGUCGAGAAACCCUAACCCUAGAAUCGUGCACACCCAUUUCCGCGCUGUUAUCUCGCUGCGUUACCCCCGCGUAUACUCGUCUCACCAGGUUUAUUGAGCGAUAACGCCAUGGCGAGCUUGGAUGGUGAUGGUGGUGGUUUUCUCGAAGACCCUGGCCCUGAGAACGGAGUUGGGCGACCGUGUAACGGGGAAAAAGAUGUUCGCUUUGAUGCUUCACAGUAUGCAUUUUUUGGCAAGGAUGGUGUGGAGGAAGUUGACCUAGGGGGUUUAGAAGAUGACGACCAGGAUGAUGAUGGUCUUGGUGUUGUUGGGCCUGGUGAUGAAGAGCAUCAGUUUUCUUACCUUGGGGACAGUUUAGAGGGUGAAGGCUUAGGUUCUUUAUCUGAUGUUGAUGAUCUUGCAAGCACAUUCUCAAAGCUGAACAAAGUUGUUGAUGAACCAAGACGUACUGGAGUAAUUGCUCAUGGGGGAUCAGUUCCUAUAGAAAGUUCUUCUACUGCUGACUGGGCGAAGGAGCCGGACUUUUUGAACAGGCUUGAUCAGCAAUUAUUUGAUGCUGAAAAUGCCCACGAUAAUAAACGAUGGUGGUCCCAUCCGCAUCCUCCUCCAACCCAUAUCGCAGAUUCGGAUUCCAAACUUUUAUACAGAACAUCUUCAUCUCCUCAACAACUACCCCAAUGCAAACCCAGUGAGCCAAUUCCUGUAUCCAGUUCACCUUAUUUCUCCCGCUCUCCACCUACUGGACUACUCCAAUUUGCUUCUCCUAGAAACACUUAUCCUACACUCCAAGGUCCUCUUUCUGGGCCAAACCCCUCCCCUUUCUCCCAAUUCUCUUUGGCCCGAUCACCUCACGGGCCAAACUACGGUGCAAAUUUGGCCCAACAUGUUCGACAAGGGGCUUUUAUUGACAGUCAGCAUCAGAAUCGCUGGUCUAAUUCUAAUUUAGCGCCCCACUUGAUGCCUCAUUCAAAUGGUAUAAUGCGACCUCAGUUAUUUCCCCCCAAUCAACAGCAUAGAUUUCCUGGUCAUUCUCCACCUCAGCUACUUGGGAUGGUUGACUUGCGAGAUCAGAGGAUCAAACCUGGUUUUAUGAAUAUCGAGAAUGGGCGGCAACGAUUUCGUUCAAAGUUCAUGACGGCUGAAGAGAUCGAAUACAUAGCAAGAAUGCAGCAUGCCGCAACACACAGCAACGACCCCUAUGCGGACGACUACUACCACCAAGCUUGCCUGGCAAAAAAAUCCUCAAAUUCAAUUUUAAAGCACCAUUUUUGCCCAAAUGAUAUUAUGAAUUCUCGAGCACCAACUAAGGAUGAGCCGCAUGCCUAUCUUCAAGUGGAAGCUUUGGGGCGGCUCCCCUUCUCUUCGAUACGACGGCCCCGCCCUCUUCUGGACGUCGAACCAUUACAUGCAACUGGUGAUGAAAACAUUAUAGACCAGAAAAAUUCAAUGAAGCCUCUUGAACAAGAACCGAUGCUUGCGGCUCGGAUCAUGAUAGAGGACGGCCUUUGCCUUCUUCUUGAUGUAGAUGACAUCAAUCGGUUUUUGCAGUUUAAUCAAAUGCCAGAUGGUGGGAUCCUAUUGAGGAAAAGAAGUCAGGCCCUAUUAGAAGAGCUAGCAGCCUCCUUGCAUCUUGUAGAUCCUCUUGGGCCCAAUAGAACUGGGCUUUCCAUGGGCCUGGGCCCGAACGACGACCUCGUGUUCCUCCGUGUAAUCUCACUCCCAAAGGGCCGAAAACUUAUUACACAGUACCUUCGUGCUUUAAUACCUGGUAGCGAACUCAUUCGUGUAGUUUGCAUGGCAAUUUUCCGUCAUUUGAGAUUUUUAUUUGGUACUUUACCCUCGGAUUCAAGUGCAGCUCAAACCACAAUAAAUCUUGCAAACUCUGUUUCUUCUUGCAUUCGCGGAAUGGAUCUGAGUGCCCGUACUUGUCUUACCGCCGUUGUUUGUUCUUCGGAGCAGCCACCUCUUCGACCACUUGGAAGCACUUUGGGUAAUGGGGCCACUACACUCAUAAUGUGUGUUCUUGAGAGAGCUACCGAGCUUUUAACUGAUCAAGGUGCUUCCACCAACUAUAGCGUGCCAAAAAGGGCGUUGUGGCAGGCUUCUUUCGAUGCUUUCUUUGGGCUUCUCGUGAAGUAUUGUUGGAACAAGUAUGACGGCAUAAUGCAAUCGGUUUUGACGCAGGGUCCAAAUGCCACUAUCAAUGCUUCAGAGGUACCUAAAGCUAUAAGCAAGGAAAUGCCGGUGGAACUGUUGCGCGCCAGUUUGCCUCAUACCAAUGAGAGCCAAAGGAAGGUUUUACUGGAUUUCGCCCGGCGUUCGAUGCCCGUCGCAGGUUAUGAUGCUCAUGGGGCCGGUAGCGGACUGAAUGCCUCGGGAUCCGUGCCUGGUUAGUCUUAUCAUUUUCUUAGAGGAAUCGAAAACACGUCAUAAAUUCUGAUCUGUUCAGAUGCCUUGUGCCCUGUGCGCCUUUCUAAAAGGGAAGGUGAUCUCUUGGCGCUUGAAAAGAAAAUGGAAGAAGAAACAUACGUAGUCUGGGCAUCGAUAAAAGACGAAGUUAUUCUUUAUUCUAUUCGCUUGGCACACGCCUUUUAGUUCAUCUCCGUGUUACGCUAGUUUUGGGGCAGUUCUCUUCUGAGGAGCGGAAUUUUGGUGCUCUGAAUCGGAACUCUAGCCAGUUGUUAGUGAGUAGAAUCUGUACAGGUUACUGUUAUUGAAGACUCUUCUUCUUCGCUGUUCUUCAACAAGACCUGGUUAAGUGCUCGCGAUAAGGUAGUUCCUCUACCAUCUUCCGGCGGCAAGAAAAAUUUUAACGCAACUUAAUAUGUAGUUUGAACUUCAAUUUGGACUACUGUUAGUUACGACACAUUGUUCAGGGGCCCUGAGAAAGAGGAGGAAAAGAAAUUCUUUAGUUUUGGGCCAGUGUUUUAAUGUGGUAUGUUAGACUUUCUGUUUUAUCAAUAUAUUAGUUGCAGAGAGAAAAUGAAAUUCUGUGGAGUUGCUCGGCUUAUCAGCAGUGAUGAUAUAGAAAAGUUGUGGUAUGAUUUUCUGUAAAAUUUGCUCUCUUUGAUGCGUGAAGUUCUUAUGUCAUGUGUGUUUUCAUGCAGUAUAUUAUUAUUAUUAUUAUUAAACUGCUUGUUUUGA